ACUCAAAUGCUAGGCACAAUUUGGAACAUGCUUUCAGUGUAGCCGAGCGGCAACUUGGUAUCACGCAACUUCUUGAUCCAGAAGAUGUUUUUACGGAGAAUCCAGAUGAGAAAUCCAUUAUCACUUAUGUGGUUGCUUUCUAUCACUACUUCUCCAAAAUGAAGGUGCUUGCUGUGGAAGGGAAAAGAGUUGGAAAGGUAAUGGACCAUGCAAUGGAGACUGAGAAGAUGAUUGAUAAAUACAGUGGAUUGGCUUCAGACCUGCUGAUGUGGAUAGAACAGACCAUUGCCAAUCUUAACAGCCGCAAGUUUGCUAAUUCUCUGGCAGGCGUGCAGCAGCAACUCCAGUACUUCAGUACAUACCGCACAGUGGAAAAACCCCCCAAAUUUCAAGAGAAGGGGAACUUAGAAGUUCUGCUGUAUACUAUCCAGUCCCGAAUGCGAGCAAACAAUCAAAAAGUGUAUACCCCUCAUGAAGGAAAACUAGUAUCUGACAUCAACAGGGCCUGGGAGAAGUUGGAAAAGGCAGAGCACGAACGGGAACUAGCACUGAGAAAUGAGCUUAUUAGGCAGGAGAAGCUGGAGCAGCUUGCCCGACGCUUUGAUCGCAAGGCAGCAAUGCGAGAGACGUGGCUUAGUGAAAAUCAGCGCCUUGUUGCACAGGAUAACUUUGGAAAUGAUUUGCCAGCUGUGGAGGCAGCAAAGAAGAAGCAUGAAGCCAUUGAAACUGACACAGCUGCCUAUAAGGAACGGGUACAGGCCAUAGAGGAGGUGGCCAAGGAACUGGAAGUAGAGAAUUACCAUGACAUCAAGCGCAUCAAUGCUCGCAAGAACAGUAUCCUGCGAUUAUGGGAUUACCUAUUGGAACUGCUGCAAGCACGACGCCAGAGGCUGGAGAUGAAUCUGACACUGCAGCAUUUGUUUCAAGAUAUGCUGCAUAGCAUUGACUGGAUAGAUGAGAUGAAAGUAAAACUUUCAUCUCCUGAAACUGGGAAGCAUCUGUUGGAAGUAGAAGACUUGCUUCAGAAGCACAAGUUGAUGGAGGCUGACAUGGCCAUUCAGGCAGAGAAGAUGCAUGCUGUCAAUGCAGCUGCCCUUAAAUUUGCAAAUGGAGGAGGUUAUCAGCCAUGUGAUCCCAAAAUGAUUCGUGAUCGUGUAAACCUCCUGGAACUAUACUACCAAGAUUUGAUUGCUUUAGCGGGAAACAGGAAAGCCCGUCUUGACCAAUCCAAGCGCCAGUGGAAGUUCUUUUGGGAACUGGAUGAAGCUGAAAGUUGGAUCAGGGAGAAAGAGCAGAUCUAUUCUUCCCUGGACUAUGGGAAAGACCUCACCAGUAUCCUCAUUCUACAGAGGAAACACAAAGCUUUUGAAGAUGAGCUACGUGGCCUAGGGGUCCACCUGAAGCAGACCAUCAAAGAGGGAGAAAACAUGAUUGCUGAGAAGCAUUUUGGAGCAUCAAAAAUCUGCAGUAGGAUUGAGGAAGUGAAAGCUCUCUGGGCCCAGUUGCAGGAAUUGGCAGCUUUCCGCAAGAAGAAUUUACAGGAUGCAGAGAGCUUUUUCCAGUUCCAGGUAGAUGCAGAUGACUUGAUGGCCUGGCUCCAAGAUGCUAAUCGGCUGGUAUCCAGUGAUGAUGUGGGACAUGAUGAAUAUUCCACGCUAGCCUUGGUUAAAAAGCACAGAGAUCUUUUGGAUGAGGUAGCAAACAAUAAGAAAAUUAUAGACAACCUGAAUAGGCAAGCACAGAGCUUCCCUGCUGAAUUCCGGGAUGUUCCAGGAUUUGAGAACAGACUCAAGGCUAUCCAAACAAUGUACAAUGAAGUGGUAUCUCUAGCAGAUCUGCGCAGGCAGAAGCUACAGGAUGCUUUGGAUCUCUAUACUAUAUUAAGUGAGACUGAUGCAUGUGAGCUUUGGAUGAGUGAGAAAGAGAAAUGGCUGGAGCAUAUGGAGAUUCCUGAUACCUUGGAAGAUCUGGAUGUUGUACAACAUAGGUUUGAUAUUUUGGAGCAGGAAAUAAACAGCUUGGCUUCUCAGAUUGAAGGGGUCAACCGAGCUGCGAGUGGCCUAAUAGAAAGUGGUCAUCCAUGCAGUGGGAAAGUGAGGCAGUCCCAAGAGCAUCUUAAUGCCAGGUGGAAGGUCUUCCAGGAAAUGGUGGCUCAAAGGCGAAAAGCUGUUGACUUUGCUCUUAGCCUCCACAAUUAUUGUGUUGAUUGUGAGGAGACAAGGAAAUGGAUUCUGGAAAAAAACAAAGUAAUUGAAUCUACACAAGACCUUGGUAAAAACCUGGCAGGCAUGAUUGCCAUGCAGAGGAAAUUAUAUGGCAUUGAACGUGACCUAGCAGCCAUUCAAGACAGGCUUGCAGUCCUGCAGCAGGAGGCCCAUCGGCUUGCUGAAGAGCAGCCUGACCUAGCUGAUGAUAUCUACAGUCGACUGACAGCUGUCUCUAGAGUCUGGCUGGACCUCCAAAAUACUUUGCAGAGCCAGGAGGCUUCCCUUGGAGAGGCCAGCAAGUUGCACAAGUUUUUGCAAGACUUAGAUGACUUCCAGGCAUGGCUCUUCAAGGCACAAAAAGCUGUUGCUUCAGAAGAGGUGCCCAAUUCACUGGUAGAAGCUGAGCAUCUCCUGCAGCAUCAUGCUGCAAUUAAGGAAGAGAUUGAUCAACACAAGGACAUUUACAGCAAUGUUAAGAUGAUAGGAGAUAGAGUGACUCAGGGUCAGAAAGAUAUAGAGUAUCAGCAACUGGAACAGCGGCUACAGGGCAUGGAGACAGGCUGGAAUGCCUUAUGUAAAAUGUGGGAUAGCAGGGAGAAAUUCCUCAAUCAGUGUCUUGGAUUCCAGGAGUUUCUUAAAGAUGCAAAACAAGCAGAAAUUAUUCUUACCAAUCAGGACUAUACACUAGCCCACACUGAGCCACCAGACACCUUGGAAGCAUCGGAAGCUGUUAUACGAAAAUUUGAAGAUUUCCUCGCUAAUAUGGAAGCUAAUGAAGAAAAGAUUACUGGCUUGAUAGACACUGGGAGCAAGCUUGCUGCUGAUGGAAAUAUUUACUCUGAUAAAAUUAUGGAAAAAGUUCAGCUGAUUCAAGAAAGAUACAAGACAAAUGUCACAAAAUCACAAGAGGCAUUUUUGUUACUAAAGGACAAUAAUGAUCUGCAGAAUUUUCUACAAAAUUGCCAAGAGCUUACCACCUGGAUUGAAGAAAAGAUGCUUACUGCUCAAGACAUAUCAUAUGACGAAGCACGGAAUUUGCACAGUAAAUGGCUGAAGCAUCAGGCUUUUAUGGCAGAACUUGCUUCCAACCAAGGGUGGCUGGAAAAGCUGGAUGAGGAAGGGCAACAGUUGGCAAAACAAAAGCCCCAGUAUGAAGAUGUUGUGUUCCAGAAGCUAAAGGAUCUACAUCAACUUUGGGACAUGCUGCAGGCAACCACAGAGGAAAAGGCACAGCACCUGUUUGAUGCUAACCGCUCUGACCUCUAUGCACAGAGCUAUGCUGACCUUAGUGCAUGGAUUAGUGGGAUAGAGGAGCAGUUAAAAUCUGAUGUCCAGGGGAAAGAUCUCACAAGUGUCAACAUCCUUCUGAAGAACUUGAAACAUCUGGAUGAGCAAGUCAGCUUGCGGAAGAAAGAGAUGGAAGGCUUGCUUUCUCAGGCCCCUCCAGUCAAGAGAGACAUGGAUGAAGUGGACAGCAAGCAUAAGAUCAUUGAAAGGCGAUUUCAGGACCUUCUAGAGCCAUUGGGUAGGAAGAGGAAAGAGCUGGAGAUGGCCAAGACUGGAUAUCAAUUGGACCGGGAUUUGGCAGAUGAAUUGCUUUGGGUGCAAGAACGACUCCCUCUUGCUCAGUCCACUGACCAUGGCACAAAUCUUUUGUCAGUCCAGCUACUUAUAAAGAAAAACCAGACCCUGCAGAAAGAAAUUACUGGUCAUGCCCCACGCAUCGAGGAAGUCCUUGCUAGAGGAGAGAGCAUGUUGGCUAGAGCUGAUGGAAAUGGGGACUUCAGAGACACUGAAGAAUGUCUCAAGCUGUUGAGGGUUUCCUGGAGCACCUUACAGGAAGAAACCUUGAAGAGGUUGCAGCGCCUAGAAGAAGCCAGUGAGGCUCAGCGAUACUAUUUAGAUGCUGGAGAAGCAGAGGCCUGGAUAAGUGAACAAGAGCUUUAUAUAGGAACAGAUGAGAAGCCAAAGGAUGAAGAAAGUGGCAUUGUAAUGCUGAAGAGACACCUUCGUCAGCAGAGAUCCAUAGAAGAAUAUGGAAAAAAUAUCAAGCAGCUGGCCAGUCGGGCUCAGAAAUUACUAUCUGCUGGCCACCCAGAAGGAGAAGAUAUAAUCCGAUUGCAGGGGCAAGUAGAUAAGCAGUAUGCAGGGUUGAAAGACCUGGCUGAGGAACACAGACGUAAAGUAGAACUUGCAUAUCACCUGUUCAAACUGAAGCGAGAAGUCGAUGAUCUGGAGCAGUGGAUUGCAGAGAGAGAUGUAAUCGCAUCAUCCCCAGAGAUGGGGCAAGACCUCGACCAUGCCACUCUGCUGCGGGAAAAGUUCCGUGACUUCGCCCGGGAAACAGGAAACCUGGGGCAGGAGUGGGUGAACAGUGUCACUCACAGAACUGAUCAGCUGAUUGAUAUCCACCCAGAAGCUGCCACAAUUGCAGAGUGGAGGGAUGGUCUGAAUGAGAGCUGGGCUGACCUGCUAGAGCUCAUUGACACCAGAAUGCAGUUGUUGACGGCCUCCUACGACCUGCACAAGUUCUUUUAUGAUGGUAGUGAGAUCCAGGUUCUUAUUGAAGAGAAGCACAAGGAGCUGCCUGAAGAGUUAGGCAGAGAUGUCAACACAGCAGAGUCCUUCCACAGGAUGCACAAAGCCUUUGAGCGAGAUAUUCACUUGUUGGGAGUGCAGGUUCAGCAUUUUCAGGAGGUGGCAGCACGCCUGCUGGCAGCCUAUGCUGGAGAAAAGGCCAUGGCCAUCCAGAAGCAAGAACAGGUGGUGGUGAGAGCUUGGAAGGCCUUGUUGGAGGCUUGCGAGGGGCGGCGGGCUCAAUUAGUUGAUACAGCCGAGAAGUUCCGCUUCUUCAGUAUGGUCCGGGACCUCAUGUCCUGGAUGGAGAGCGUGAUCCGGCAGAUUGACACCCAGGAGAAGCCCAGGGAUGUGUCGUCUGUGGAACUGUUGAUGAAAUAUCAUCAGGACAUAAAAUCUGAGAUAGCCACUAGGGAUAAAAGUUUCACUGCUUGCAUUGAUCUUGGAAAAGCAUUACUGCAGCGCAAGCACCAUGCUGCAGCUGAGAUAAAAGAGAAGUUGCUACAGCUGACAGAGAAGAGGAGGGAGAUGAUGGAAAAGUGGGAUAGACGCUGGGACUGGCUUCGCUUGUUGCUAGAGGUGUGCCAGUUUUCCAGAGAUGCUUCAGUGGCUGAGGCUUGGCUCAUUGCCCAGGAACCCUAUCUGUUCAGCGGUGAUUAUGGGCAAACUGUGGAAGGUGUAGAGAAACUGUUGAAAAGGCACGAAGCAUUUGAGAAAUCUACAGCAACAUGGGAGGAACGUUUUGCUGCACUAGAACGUCUCACAACGCUUGAAUUACUAAGAAAGAGAAAAAUCUCAGAGGACUCUUCACAACACAAAGUAGCUAGGACUACGGACCUGGAGCAUGACUUUGAGUUAGAACCAGAAUGUGAGAUAAGGCCUAUUGAAAAGGAUGGGAAGAAGGCAGAACUAAGUUUAGAAGAUGCCCUUUCCCAUGCUGCAGAAGAUUCAUCACUGGCCUGAUCCUGAGCUGUAUAUGCAGCCCAAGAAGCCUUGGCUUCCAAGUGAUUUUAUUUAGCCCAGCUGUAUCAAAUGAAUGAAUGCAGAGAUAUUCACCACCCGAUCUUCCUGCUGUUCCCGUUUCGAAGGCUUUAUGGAUCACGAAUUGAAAUUUUAACUGAAAAAUCACUUGCAACCAGAAGAAAGAGGCUUUAUUAUUUAUACAUUUGGAAAACUAUUUGUAAAAAAUUAUCUGUAGUGUGUAAGGACUUUGAAUCAAAUCAAAUACCCCAUCAAGAUAUUUUAUAAUUAUUUUCUUACUUGCUUCCUCUCCUUUCUAAACCUUCUUAAGCAAUCAAGAUAGGCUUUGUGAGUUCUCAACAUGGAAAUCUUAAAAUAAAAGAUACUCAGGAGUUUAUAAUAACAGACAUUGCUUCAGAGACAGUGACUUAAUCUUAAGCCACUUCUCAAAGUCUGAUACCCUUUUAAACCAUUUUUUCCUAGGAGGCAAGCAGGGGGAAUAUGGGUAGUAAAUAUAGAACUCAGUAUAUAUUCUAAUGCUAGUAGUUAAAUAUGAAGACCAUUAUUACUCAAGGAGGGUGGCUCUGCUUCCUAGUCCACCAUUCUGUUCAGGCCUGUCCAAGAUAGCCCAGGUCUGCUCAAGGCCAAACCAAAUGUCUGACUAUAAAGUGGAGAAUGAGGUCUAACUGAGGUCACUGGAAAGAUUGUAAAGAUGACAUCGGCAUGCUUCAAAGGCUUUUUAUCAAAUGGAAGAUUUGUUUCCCCAGCUUCACUUGUAGUAUCAGAGCCAGAAUGGAGAAAAAUUUGCAGAGCACAAUGACAUGGUCUGGGAACGGGGAUAAUUUCAUUUCAGUAUCCUAUCACUUAGUUAUAAAUGUCUCUCCUUCCCUAUUUUAUACUGAACCAUCACAGCUCACAUGAGUGGGAGGUUGUCAGAAUCCAACACUGCAAAACCUGAAGAAUGUAACAUGCUCCUGAAUAGGGAAAUAUUAGAUCAUCCAAAUGUCCAUCAUGUCUGUUUCGUUGUAGCAUGGAAACAGAAGUGGCUGCUCUUGUGGGAAAAAAACAUUAACAAGUUCUGUGAUUUCCCUUUCUUAUAACAGUUUGUGCAACAUGGUACUAGAAGAAAGUCAGCAGCAUGUUAAGACAGGAAAAUUAAGCAUGAUCUAAUCAUUCCAUCUUGUAGUCAUAGCUACAAUUUAUCUAAGUGAAUUGUACAGAUCCUAUUUUGAGUGUUUAAAAUGAAAACAUAGCAAGUAUGAUUGAAAAAUAACUAUUAAUUGAAAUGAAAUUUUAUUUUAAAUCAGAACCAUAAUGUGGAAAAUGAAUUGGGCCAAAUUAAUUGAAGAGGAAUUAUUAUAAUUGGCUUGGGAUGUUCUAAGGGUGGUAUACAAAUUAGUUUAGUAAUCUAUGUGUAUGAUACACUAAUUGGAUUAUCUUCUGUAAAACUUAACUUCCAGUAAUUAUUUAUAGAUGUAAAUAUAUGCAUAUAAAUGCAUUUAUGCAAACUUCACACAGUUGUGUGUCUUGUAGGGUUAUUGAAAAUACAGUGGAAUAGUUUGUUGAAAAGAAUAGAAUCCUCACAUUGAAAUAUACAGAAUUUAUUCUAUAGUUGGAAGAGGAAAAGAAAGUCAGAGGAUGGAAUUCAUAGCUAAUGCCAUUUCCUCGCUAAGGAUGUAUGUUAGUCAAUCAUCACUGUGGCCAUAUAAAAUCUGUCUUCAUUACUGUUGACACAAGGAUGGUUGGGUAACACUUUAAGAUACUACAAAUGUCUAGCAAACCAAUAGCCUAACACCUCCAUCUUUGCUAGACAUUUACUAUUUUUUAUGCUUGCAUAUAAGAAGCUGAAAAUAAAAAAAAAGGGGUGAUCUGAUCAUGCCAUUUCUUUAAAUAUGUGUGUGUGUGUGUGUGUGUGUACACACACACACACACGUAGCAUUAAUGCCAUUUCUUUUACAGACACACUCCUACUCACAUCAGAAUGGAUGAAUUGUUGAAAUUAUUUCUGCUAUACUGGAGGCAUCUCGAGCCUCUGGAAGUUCUUCUUUCAAAUCUAAAAGACUUUGCAUAUAUAUUUUAAGAGUGCUCCUGUCAGCAAUCCUGACAGUGUGUUCCGUAUACAUGGUUGCUUUUCAUAGAUGUGGUUAGUAGGGAGCACUACUGCAGAUAAAUGAGCUUUUUAGCAUGAUGGGGAACACCACAGUUCAGCUGCAUUAAAUAAGAUCAAAAUUAUGCAGACAAAGUUUCCACAUCCAACACCAACAAAAUCCAAGUGAUAAAUAUUACAUUAUUUGUCAUUCAAAGUCACAGUGUUGACAUUUUUGAAGACAUUAUUUAGCCAUGAAAAUCUCCAUCCUGUAUUUAUGAAUGCACCCAUUUCAUCUACAUUCUAUAUUUAUUCUAAGAAAAUGGUAGAUCUGAGUAUUUUAAAACUUUUCGCAAUCAUCUUACAUUUCCACUGGGAAGCACAGGUCAUCCCUUUGUGAGGAACAACUCUUCAUUUUAUACACUGGAUACCUCCAGGCUGAAGGUUCAAGUGCGAUCAAUCAAAAGACACUAUGCAGCAAUUCCAUCUUUCCCUUCUUAAUAGAUUCCCUCCACUAUGGUAAAAAAAGAAGCAGCAGCAGUGGACAAACACUGGAGAUUUCCAAAUAGAAGACGGUGAUGUCUGGACUGCUGUAAAAUUCUGUGAAUCGAAGAAUGAAUAAAAUUCAUAAUAAACAUUUCAACUGGAGGCCUUACUUUU